UUGUCCCUUCCGACCUUCCGUCCUUUCUCCUUCCUGUCUGCGGUCACGCUGUCUUUUUGCCGGCCCGGUUCCCGAGGUCUGACAGACAAACCUGCCGACAAAAAUGAAGAUCUGGGCGUCAGAACACAUUUUCAACCACCCAUGGGAGACGGUGACCAAGGCAGCAAUGCAGAAGUACCCCAACCCCAUGAACCCUAGUGUGUUUGGUGUGGAUGUUCUGGACAGACAUGUGGACACGGAGGGGCGCUUACACAGUAAAAGACUGCUCAGCACAGAAUGGGGUCUUCCCGCCAUCGCCAAAUCUAUCAUUGGCUUAACAAGAACGUGCACUUAUGUCCAAGAACAUUCAGUAGUGGACCCCAAACAGAAGAUCUUUGAGCUCAAAUCUACAAAUAUCUCCUUCACGAACCUGGUGUCUGUAGAUGAGAAGUUGACGUAUAAGCCUCAUCCGCAGCAUCCUGACAAGACGGUGCUGACGCAGGAGGCUCUGAUCAGUGUGAAAGGUGUCAGUUUGAGUAGCUACCUCGAGGGCCUUAUGGCCAAAACCAUGUCUGUCAACGCCGGCAAGGGCCGCGAGGCAAUGGAAUGGGUCAUCCGGCGGUUAAACACGGAAAUCGAGGAGCUGGCAGCGACAGCUCGUGGCAGCAUACGUGUGCCCAUGGCGGCGGCUGUCGCGGACAAAUGAUCGCGGGCCUCCGCCCAUCAUGAAGUGACCCGCCUCUCUGAUUGGCGGCGCACCUCAUCAGCCAGUACAGCCUAAUUACCACAGCCUUUCCGAGCCACUUUUGCGCGCGUGUGGGUGAGUUUGAGAAUGAGUGUGUGCACUGUUUGUAUGCGAGCGUGUGGAAAAUUGUGAGGAAUUGUGUGUGCCUGAGAAUGCAAGCCGACGAGGCCGACGAGGCGCAAGUAACGGUGGUUCUUGUGAUUUAUUUUAGUCACAUUGUGCCACAAGCUCACUCCUUCAGUACCUCUCAUCCCCUUUUUAACGAACGUCAUGAAAGCACUGUCAACAGCUCUUAUCUUUAAAUGCCUCUCUGUGUGGUUGGAGCGGCUGUUUCAGAACAUUUGGGACUUUAGUAGAAGUAUUCCUUCCGUCUGGAUAACCGGAUUCCUCGUCUUCUUUUAUUCCGCGGUGCCAUUCACUCAUGUGUUAGAGCUGAUUUUUCAGUUUGAGUUCACGUGGCAUAUGAAGGAUUGAAAGGUGGCUGAGCGAACCUCGAGUCUUUACGUUCAUGUUCACAUACCGCCAUCCAGGUUGUGCUUUUGUUUCUAGCUUCACCAUGCAGAGCUUCAAGUGACAAUGGUUCGCUACAACAUGAGGUACAUUUCGUUGUGCAGGUAUUCCUAUUGUCGGGGCCAGUUGGGGGAGCUAACAUGCUUUAGUCUAUGUUGCAAGUAUUCCGAGAUGGUCUCAAUCUACAAAACAGCAGCUUUUUUUUCUUUCCCUUUCCAAAGGAGCCUCAAGUUUUUAUAUUUCUUAUGAAGAUCUGUGUCCUGCUCAGCCAUCCAUUCAUGCAGUGAAGCUCCUUUAACGAACUCCGAUGCUUUUCUUACAGGGAACGUUUUAAGAACAAACGGCUGUAAAUAGGGUUAUAUUUAUAUUACGGUGAUGUUACAUUCCAAGAAUGUGAACAUGUAGCUUAAAAAAAAGAAAACAAGCACACUGACUUUGUUUCAAAAUAAAAGAAUGCCAUUGUUUCAUGAUGAUGGCGGUGGAAUUGA